AUGGCUCAAGAGCUAAUUCAACUUCAGCCAGGAACGCAGGUCGAAAGAUGGACUAUUGAGAAGAAACUUGGUGAGGGAGGUUUUGGUGCUGUGUACCGGUGUCGCGACAACACUGGGCAGUAUGCACUCAAAGUUGAGGGAGUGGCCGAGCAAAUUCAGGUGUUGAAAAUGGAAGUCUAUGUGUUGACAGAAUUGACCAAACGUGGCUCACGACAUUUCUGCAGGAUCGAAGACAAAGGAAGAUAUGGCAAUUUCAACUAUGUGGUUAUGACUCUUGUCGGUAAAUCGCUACAAGAUUUGAAUAGAGGAGGACCCGGAGGGCAUAUGACACUUGGAUGCGCAAUAUCUUGUGGCAUUCAAGCUUUAGAAGCUCUGGAAGGUUUGUCUGCUCAUAUAGGGCCUCCUCCGAAGAAAUUCAAUCAAACCUCAAAUAAAGUCAUUGGAGCAUGA